GCUCCGCAGACAUGCACCUGCCGGGCCGCCAGCGCGGGGGAGGCGGCCGGGUGUGGACAGUGUGUAUGGUGUGCCCUCCUCUUCAGCUAGAAGAAUGACAAUGUUCAAGAACUUGAAACUUCUUCUCUGGAAGAAUUUUCUCUUGAAGAAGCGGAAGACUCUUAUCACGGUCCUUGAAGUCUUGAUGCCAUUGCUGUUUUCUACAAUUAUGAUGUAUCUUCGUUUCAGUAGUUUGCCAAGAAAGAGACAUCCUACGAACUACCAUGCGAUUGACAUUAGCUCUCUGCCAGCAUUCUUCUACAGCUUCCCUAUAAAGGGUAAAUUCCAACUAAUCUACAUCCCUUCUAGAAGUGAAGCUCUGAAGGCUGUCGUUGAAAUGGUGGAACAGUCCUUUGAUGUUGAGUUUGAAGUUCUAGGCUUCCCUUCAGUGUCUUCAUUUGAAACGUACAUAAAGCACAACCCCAAGGCUUUCUAUGCAUUGGCUGGGAUUGCUUUUGAUCACAACUUCAAGGACAGCAAGGAACCUUUGCCACUUGAGGUCAAGUAUGAAUUGCGCUUCAGCAGCAUUCACAGGAAUAAUGUCUUUUUCAAGCUGAUCUUCCAGGAAGAUGACGCUGGAGGCUGGCACACAUCCUCUCUUUAUCCUCUCCACCCAACCCAAGGCCCCCGGCACUUUGGAUAUUCCGAUGGGGGAUCCCCGGGCUACAACAAGGAAGGUUUCCUGGCCCUCCAGCAUGCGGUGGAUAAAGCUAUCAUGUGGCACCACGCUCCCCAAGCGGCCACCGCCAUGUUUAAAGAUCUAAGUGUGCUUGUGAAGAGAUUCCCUUAUGGGGCCCACCUCCAGGACAAGUUCUUCCUGGUCCUACAGAGUGAGUUCCCGCUUCUCCUCCUGCUCAGCUUCAUUUGCUUCGAGCUCAUCACCAUUAAUUCCGUUGUGCUGGAGAAGGAGCAAAGACUGAAGGAGUACAUGUGUGUGAUGGGCUUGCACAACUGGCAGCACUGGCUGGCUUGGUUCAUCAUGUUCUUCGUGUCUGCACUCAUCGUGGUUUGCUUCAUGACCGUGCUCUUCUGCAUAGAGGUUAAAAGCGUGGCAGUGUUCAGGCACAGUAACCCCAUCUUGAUAUUUGUGUUUCUGUUGUGUUUCGCCAUUGCCACAGUUUCCUUUGCAUUCAUGAUCAGCACAUUCUUCCAAAGAGCCCAUGUUGCGACUACCGCUGGAGGCAUCAUCUUCUUCUUCACCUACCUCCCAUACCUGUACCUCACUCUCAGCUACCUCCAGAGGAGCCACUCCCAGAAGAUUGCCUUCUGUCUCCUCUCCAAUGUUGCCAUGGCACUGGGAGUCCGCUUGAUCUCCAUAUUUGAGGCCCAAGGCACAGGCCUCCACUGGAGGAAUAUGGGCAGCGUGCGGGGAGAGUUCAGCUUUGCACAGGUGCUGCUCAUGCUCCUGCUGGACUCUCUUCUCUACAGCCUGGUGACCUGGUACGUGGAUGCCAUCUUCCCAGGGGACUACGGCACUCCCAGGCGUUGGUACUUCUUUGUCACGCGUUCCUACUGGUGCGGCAGGUCUGUGAAGUUUCAGAACCUCGGCAAGGGGAAAUCUAAGAAGUCUCUGAAAAGCAUCUUCUUUCAGGAAGAGCCCACCAACUUGAUGAAAGGAAUUGAAAUCCAACAACUAAUCAAGGUGUUUCACAAGGGUGGCAAGAAGCACGUCGCAGUUAAAAGUCUGACCAUGAACCUGUACCAGGGACAGAUCACUGUUCUCCUGGGCCACAACGGAGCUGGUAAAACCACCAUCUGCUCCAUGCUCACAGGUCUUAUUCCCCCCUCGAGUGGACGCGUGUAUAUCAACGGGUAUGAAAUCUCAAAGGACAUGGUUCAAAUCCGGAAGACAAUGGGCUGGUGCCCCCAGCAUGACAUCCUGUUUGAUAACUUGACAGUGGCGGAACACCUUGCCUUCUACGCGCAGCUGAAAGGCCUGUCCCGCCACAAGUGCCCCGAGGAGGUCCAGCAGAUGCUGCGCACGCUGGGUCUGGAGGACAAACGGGACGCCCGCAGCAAGUUCCUGAGCGGCGGCAUGAAGCGCAAGCUCUCCAUCGGCAUCGCCCUGGUGGCCGGCUCCAAGGUGCUGAUGCUGGACGAGCCCACCUCGGGCGUGGACAUCAUCUCCCGCAGGGCCAUCUGGGACCUCCUCCAGCAGCAGAAGAGUGACCGCACCAUCCUGCUGACCACCCACUUCAUGGACGAGGCGGACCUGCUGGGGGACCGCAUCGCCAUCAUGGCCAAGGGGGCGCUGCAGUGCUGCGGGUCCUCACUGUUCCUCAAGCAGAAGUACGGUGCAGGCUAUUACAUCACUCUAGUGAAAACACCUGGAUGUGACACAGAGCAGAUAGUCCAUGUGAUUACUCAUCAUAUACCAAACGCCAUUUACCAGGCCAGCAUUGGAGAGGAAUUAACCUUUAUACUUCCAAAGGAUCAGGCACACAGGUUUGAGUCUCUCUUCGCUGACUUGGAAGAGAAGCAGGAAGAGUUAGGUAUCACCAGCUUUGGGGCCUCUGUCACCACCAUGGAGGAAGUCUUCAUUAAGGUUACGCAGUUGGUAGAUUCUAGUCAAACUCCCCAAGCCGCCAAGAAUCCAUCUGUCCAUUCUCUCCCUCUGGUCAACAAAGUUCCAAUUAACAGAAUCAAGCGUCUUCAUUCAAGGAUCUUUUCAGUUUGGUCUGGCCUGCCAAUCAAACCGAACACUGGGUACAAGCGUUUCUGCCAGCAGUUCUACACCAUGUUCCUGAAGAGGGCGCUGUACUCCUGGCGCUACUGGCUGCUGAUGUUCACCAUCCAGAUCCUGGUGCCGCUGCUGAUCACAGUCUAUAGCCUCUCUUCCCUCAGCCUCAGAGCAAGUACAGAGAACAACCCCUUGGAGCUGACGCUAAAAACAUAUGGCCAGACCAUCGUACCAUUCUUUAUCUCUCCAAAUUCCAGACUGGGGCCUCAGCUUCCCAAACACCUCAGAGAUCUGCUUGUGGCCGAAAACCAGAUUCCUUUAGAGCUUCCAGGUUUGGUAGAAGAAUUCCUGCUGAAGAGGUUGGAGGAAGAGCCUGAGCAGUUUGAUGGGAAAUACCUCGUGGGGGUCUCCGUCGAGCACCAGGGCAACCGCAGCACGGUGACAGCGCUGUUCAACAACCAGGCCCUUCACUCGCCCGCGCUGGCCGUGGCACUGGUGGACAGCCUGCUCUUCCGGCUGCUCUCGGGGCCACGGGCUUCCAUCACAGCUGUCAACCACCCCCAGCCUCAGUCGACCUCGGAGACUGCUGAGGACAUCCUGUACCAGGGCCCGAAAGGACACUAUCUGGUCAUCAACUUGCUCUUCGGAAUCGCUUUCCUGUCCAGCUCUUUCUCCAUCUUGACGGUCAAAGAGAAAUCACUCAGGGCCAAACAUGUGCAGUUCACCAGCGGGGUCUAUGUAGCCGCCUACUGGCUGUCGGCUCUGCUGUGGGACCUUCUCUCCUUCCUGAUUCCCAGCCUGCUGCUGCUGGUGGUGUUUCUGUGCUACAAGGAGGAGGCGUUCACACACCCGGCCAGCGUGCCGGCCGUGGUGCUGGCGCUCAUGCUCUACGCCUGGGCCAUCGUCCCCUUCAUCUACCUGACCAGCUUCUGCUUCGACAAUGCAGGCAGCGCCUGCGUCAAGCUCAUCAUCACACUCACCUUCCUGAGUAUCGGGCCCUUCAUCCUCGUCACAAGCGAAAAAGACAUGGGCUACACAGAAGUCUCAGAGACCUUGGACCAGAUGUUCCUGCCCCUUCCAGGCUACUGUUUGGGAAUGGCUCUCUCCAACUUGUAUUAUAACUUUGAGCUACAGAAGCUCUGCGCUGACAAGAAGCUGAGCCAGCUGGACUGCAACGACAUAUUGGAGGGAUAUGUGACCCAGAAGAACAUCUAUGCCUGGAAGUCUCUGGGGAUGGGGAAGCAGCUGGUGGCCCUCGCCAUCUCGGGGCCCGUCUACCUCAGCCUGCUGUUCCUCCUGGAAAGCGGCGUCCUGUGGAGACUGAAGGCCAGAGUCGCUGGCUCCAGCAGGAGGCAAAUACUUGUCAAGCCGCACAGCGUGGUCUCAGUGCCUGGCGACCAAGAUGUGAACUUGGAGGCGAGAAAGAUCAGCGCUUGUUUGGAAAUGUUAUGUGAAAACAACCCCCUGGUUCUUAAAGAAGUGUCAAAGGUCUAUGCACAGAAGGUCCCCCUACUGGCUGUGAAUAAGGUGUCCUUCACUGUUCCCAAAGAGGAGUGCUUUGCCCUGCUGGGCCUCAACGGGACCGGGAAGACUUCCAUUUUCAAAAUGCUGACAGGAGAAGAGCCCAUCACUUCCGGGGACGCCUUCAUCAAGGGCACCAGCAUCCGCUCUGACCUGGACAAGACCCGGCAGUGGACCGGCUACUGCCCCCAGUUGAACGCCCUGCUGAACCACCUGACGGGCCGGGAGACGCUGGUCAUGUUCGCCCGCCUGCGGGGCGUCCCCGAGCGCCACAUCGGCUCCUGCGUGGACCAGCUCAUCGAUGACCUUCUCCUGUACUCCUACGCCGACAGGCUGGUGAAGACCUACAGCGGCGGCAACAAGCGGAAGCUGAGCGCCGGCAUUGCCCUGAUCGGAGAGCCCGCCGUCAUCUUCCUGGACGAGCCAUCCACAGGCAUGGACCCGGUGGCCCGGCGCCUGCUCUGGGGCACGGUGGCCCGGGCCCGAAAGGCCGGCAAGGCCAUCGUCAUCACCUCCCACAGCAUGGAGGAGUGUGAGGCCCUGUGCACCCGGCUGGCCAUCAUGGUGCAGGGCCGGUUCCGGUGCCUGGGCAGCCCGCAGCACCUCAAGAGCAAGUUCGGCAGCGGCUACGUCCUGCAGGCCAAGGUCCAGUGCGACGGGCGGCAGGCAGCACUGGAGGAGUUCAAGGCCUUUGUGCACCUGACCUUCCCAGGCAGCGUCCUGGAGGACGAGCACCAGGGCAUGGUCCACUACCACCUGCCGGGCGUCGGCCUCAGCUGGGCCAAGGUGUUCGGCAUUCUGGAACAGGCCAAGAGGAAGUAUCGGCUGGACGACUACAUCAUCAGCCAGGUGUCCCUGGAGGACAUCUUCCUGAGCUUCAUCCACCCUGCACAGUCCCGCCCCGCCCCAGGGAGACGUCCCUCGGCGGCCCCCCAGCCCUCCAGCCCCCUGCUCUCGCAGCAUCUCGGGCUGUAAUAAAGACUGCCCAGAGCCCA